GGUUAGACUGAUGCUCUGAUCUCAGAUGACCAACAUUACCAAUGGAGGACUCGUCUCUGCUGCGUCUGCUGGUUCUGACUUCACUGCUGAGCCGCACAACAGACACAGUGUCUCUGACUGUGAGUCCCAGCAGCUCUCAGGUGUUUGAAGGACAGUCUGUCUCUCUGAGCUGUGAGGAGGACGACAGCUCUGCUGGAUGGACUCUGAGGAGGAACACAACCAGAGAGACCAGGACUCAGUGUGGACCUGACUGGGGAAGACCUGCUGGUCCCUCCUGUAACAUCAGCUUCAUGUUGUCCCGACACAGUGGGGUGUACUGGUGUGAGUCCAGAGAGGGAGCAACCAGUACCAGCAUCAACAUCACUGUCCCUGGUGGACCAGUGAUCCUGCAGAGUCCUGUCCUCCCUGUGACGGAGGGACAAGACCUCACUCUGCACUGUAGGACAAAGACGUCCUCCGACCUCCCAGCGUCUUUCUAUAAAGAUGGCUCCUUCAUCAGGACUGGGCCUGCAGGUCACAUGACCAUCCCCCAUGUCUCCAGGUCUGAUGAAGGCCUCUACAGGUGCAACAUCAGCGGUGUUGGAGAGUCCCCCCCCAGCUGGGUCUCUGUCUCAGGGAAACCCUCGACAACAAGCCCUCCUACAUCUCCCACUAGUCCUAAAUCCUUACCUCCUCCCGCCGUUUUCUGGUCCGCUGUUUCAGUCUGUGUUCUGGUUCCUCUGGUUCUCCUGGUUCUCCUGGUUCUCCUGGUGAGACGAUGCAUCCAUCGGAAACCUAGAGCUGCUGACACCGGAGACAACAACACCGACGACGUCACGUACAUCGACGUCCAAAUAGCACAUGACCUGCAACAGCCAAUCAGACGGAGCAGAGAGAGUGAUCCUGCUGCAGUCUACUCCGGAGUGAGGACAGGAGACGUCUGUUAUGGACAAAUAGUGAUUAAAGACAAGAAGACCAACAGGAAGACAGAGAGAGAUCCAGAUCCAGUCUACGCAGCAGUGAGACAAGCAGAAGACGUCAGUUAUGGACAAAUAGUCCUCAAAUCAAACAGGACCAGAGGGUCUCCAGCAGAACCAGAGGUCCUCUACUCCUCCCUGAGGUAGACCUGGACCAGAGACCCCCACACCUCGGUACAUUCAUCUAGACCUGGACCCCAUCACACCAGUCCAAUGGUCCCUAGAGACCCUCACCUCAGAACAAUAAUCUUAUCAAGGUACUGAGGUAGACCUGGACCCCUGCUCCUUCCCAAAUGUAGGACCAGCAGACUC